AUGGACCGUUCCGCAUUCAAACCUGCCUACAAAGGCGCUAUGAGAUACAACAACCUCGGAAAAUCAGGCCUGAAAAUCUCCAAGAUAGUCCUAGGCGCAAUGUCCUUCGGAAACUCAGAGGGCUGGCACAUCCCCGAAGAAAAAGCCCUCCCAGUUCUCAAAGAAGCCUAUGAUAAAGGAAUCAAUACAUGGGACACAGCAGAUGUCUACUCCUUCGGCGAGUCAGAACGCAUAGUCGGCAAAGCCCUAAAGGAAUACAACAUCCCGCGCGAACGCGUGGUAAUCCUAUCCAAAUGCUACGCCGGACUCCCGAACCCAGGCGACAUGGACGGGCUAUCGGAUAUCGAAAAGAUGUCCGUGAUGAUCGCCAAUGACGGGAUAAUGGUUAACCGUAUCGGUCUUUCUCGCAAGCAUAUCUUCGGUGCGGUAGAUGCCAGCGUCGAGAGACUCGGUACGUAUAUGGAUGUGUUGCAGAUCCAUCGGCUUGACCGGGACACGCCCCGUGAGGAGAUCAUGAAGGCUCUGAAUGAUGUUGUUGAGAGUGGGAAGGUGCGGUAUCUUGGUGCUAGUUCGAUGCACGCCUGGGAAUUCCAAGCAUUAAACAACAUCGCCUCAAAGAAUGGCUGGCACAAAUUCAUUAGUAUGCAGGAUUAUUACUCCCUCCUCCACCGCGAAGAAGAGCGCGAAAUGCACCCCUACUGCCGCGAUGCGGGAAUUGGGAUUAUCCCUUGGUCGCCUCUGUCGCGGGGUCUUCUUACGCGCCCUUACAAGGAGACGCAGGAACAGCCGACUGUGCGGCAGGGAACGGAUUUCACGGCUGAGUGGUUGAUGGGUGGGACGACGGAGGCGGAUAUCGCUAUUAUCAACCGGGUUGAGGAGUUGGCGCAGGAGAAGGGGUGUAGUAUGGCGCAGAUUGGAAUUGUGUGGUGUUUGGUUAAGGGGGUUAAUCCAAUCGUUGGGUUGUCAAGUUCGAAGAGGCUUGAUGAGGCUGUGCAGGCUGUGGCCUUGUUUGAGGGUGGGGUGUUGACUGGGGCGGAUGUGAAGUCGUUGGAUGAUCUUUAUGUUCCUAAGAUGGCUUUGUCGGGGACUUGGUGA